GGUGAUCUUCUUCUGACCCUGCGUAUCGUGGUGUAACGAUAGUUGAUGAUUCGGUCAGACGCUCCCUCGUGGGUCUCAUGGUGCAAUGCAAGCCUGAGGCCCGAAUCGGCUUGACUUGUUCAUUUCCUUCUGUCUUGCUCCGUGUCCAUCGCUGCCCAUUUCGCGAUUUUAGUGCCUUUUUAUCUUUCCUUUUCUUCCGGCCGUUCUUGCUUGCUCCAUAUGAAGCCCACCCCGCAAGUCGGAUGCUGCUCUUGAGCGCCUCCAUCUCGUCCACCGUGCUUCUGGUACUGUGGACGAGUGAAUUGGUAUCUUCCGCUGUGCGCCCUUGACCUCUGGUCGGUAAAGAAAAAAAAGGGUUUAGAGUGUUGCUUUGAGUUCUGUGUACUCGAAAACACCAUCAGUGAUCGCAUGAUGGAGCCGUCCAACUUGGUCGGCAUCGACGAAGCUCAAUACCGCAAUGAAGUUCUUCUGCUUCCAUCCGAAGAGGUCGAGGCCGCUCGGGAUAAACGACUACUUGAAGAAGCACAUGAACUGGGAUUAAAAGUUCCAGAAGUCGAGGUAACCGCAUCGGUGGCCGCCUCGAUCGCCUCAGGAAUCAUAGAUAUAUCCUCCCCUGUCCUUUCUUCCAGUUCCUCGACAGACCGCAACUCGAUAUAUGAGGUACCACAUUCUUACGAAAAUCCUCGGUUGGACCAGGUUGCUUCGUCUCUUUCGGAACUAACCGUAUCCUCUGAUCCCAUGAAAUGCGGCAGCCUCCGGUCGAUUGCAUCGCUCUCCACGCGCCCCACGUCACUUUGCUCGAGUGAAGGAAGACUGGUUACCGGUUUAGACGGAAUCUUUGCGGGGCAGCCAGGUCAUAGAAACUCGCUAAUAAGCCUAUCUUCGACCGACAAGAAAGAGAAGCGAAAAUCGAGCUUAAAAUCUGCCAUUGGCAGGAUUCAUUUCAGGAAGAAGAGAACGCCCUCUACGGUCCUCCUUCCACCCGCAGCUCAGAUUACCGUCGCUAGAGGACAAGGGGGCGUGGAUAGGAUCUACGUGGAGUCGAGACGGAGCGAGUCGCAGAACCCAAGUUCAGACGAAGAGGGCCAGUCCUUGAGAGUUGAAAUACCGAUAUACGACAAGGAAACAUUGCAAAGGAGUCUUGAGAACGAGGAAUUAGCCCAACUGCGCGAAUUGCACAAGUCGGAAAGAGAUCGCCAUGUCGCCUUCCAAGAUAGUUUCCUGAUGCAGCUCAGACGCAACCAGCAAGCUGUCGUGGCUGACAGGCUCUCGGAAAAUAAAGCCUUGGAGGAGCAGAAGCGAGCGAAGAAUGAGGCUGAUGCCGCUCGUAUGGAGGAACGGCAGCUUGCAGUCGAGAUGGAUCAGCUGCGCGAAUUCGAGAGGGAGAAGCAGAACUCCCGUACUCGCAUCAAGUAUAUGGAAGGAUACUUCAACAACGCCCAUCCCCCAACAACAUCGGAUUCCGAAUCACUCUCCGGAUCUGACCAGACAACUCCAGUCCGGCAAUACACCAAUCAGCAAAAAUCCUUGCUGGCGCAGGAAUACCAUGACCACGAAUGCAUGGACCAAUUACACUCGGCCAAGAUCAAGGUCCUCCGAGACCGACAAGAAAUCCGACUACAGGAGGCUAUCGCGCGAAUGGAGAGGGAGCUGGACGCGCUCAUCGACAAGCAUGCGUUGGAAUUCGCUGACCUGCAACGACAGCACCAGCGGGAAGAGGCACUAGCAAUGCACGCAUUCGAGACGAAGAAGACGAAGCUGCGCCAUCGCUGGAACCUAGAAGAAGCCAUUCUGCGCAAGAAACUAGAACUACAGCACGGACACCCGUACGGCCCUCUACCUCCACUCUCAUUCUCCGAUUCGCAUUACGAGACGCGGGACUCGGCAAUUUGUGUCUCGGAAAACAGUAUGAACAUGAGCAGUGACGAACAGACGCACCCGAAGGAAGGUGAGGAAAGUGAACCAGUGCAUUAAUUUAUGACGUGAUGUCUCAAAGUGAUACCCUUUCUUUCUUAUCGAAUCAUCUCACUUGCAUAUACGUUGCAGCUAUCCCCCUUUCUAUUGCACUGGCGGAGAUAAUGUUUAUUUUCACCAUCCAGUUAUGGUUGAUACUUUCCUUGUAAUUAUUUUGUUGACGUCCUCCUAGAGCUUACUUCAUUUCACUUCUCAUUGUUGGACAGGCGAGCAUCAUAUAUACGCGUGGGGGCAUGUUACUUGUGCAUAGCAUUGAUUGCAAUCAGUUUUUCUGUAUAUUCCAUAGAUGUCAACAUCAUGUGCCGCUUCUACCUCUCGAGAGGUAGAACAAUCCAAUAAUAUAGAAUCUUUUCCACCAGA